CCUUCGCUAGUAGCAGCAGCAGCCCAGCCGGUUUGAGCGGCGGCUCGCGGACCUCCGAAAAUCGUCGAGAAAAAAAGCUUCCACAGCGACGCCGUCGUCUGAGGCCGGAGAGUGGCCACCGCCGCCGCAGCAGCAUCCCCUUGCCGUCGUUCUUCGACGUCGUCGGUGCUUGUGGCCAUCCCGUCGCCUUUGCCGGCGCCGCUACUGCAGCCACCGCCGCCGCGCCUGCCGGUGAUUCGGUCUACGUCGUCGUCGGCCGGUCGGUCGGCCCGCAGCACGAGCCGUCGAGGGGAAAGUGUUGUUCGUUGCGUGUUUUGUUGUCGUGGCUUAGUGUUAGCACGUGGGGCUCGCCCUCUCCCCCCUCCUCGAGGUGUCGAUCCGUGGUGCGCGUGAGGUGCCCUGACGGUUCGUCGGAGGUAACGAAGGACGGCACGGGAGACGAAGACGAGCGAAACAAAAAGGAUGCCAUAUCUGUGAAAUCCCCUUCAAGAACCUCAAGGCCCUAACCUGGACGGAGACCCGUUAAGAGGUGCCAAGUAGAUUCGGUGCUGCCGACUUCUCGGCCGCCAGAAUCUUAACCAUCGUAAGCGGAAUGACGACGCUACGGAAAGAUGUCCGGGUGGCCAUGGUACUCUCUCUGGUGUUCAGCGCUGCAGCAUCAUCUACAUCCGGCGAGCCGGCACCGGCGUCGACACCGGCUCCCUGCUCCAAGGAGCACAUAUCGUACGAGAGGCUGUCCGGUUACAAGGUGGCCGACUUGCUCGGCGGAGGUCGCACGUCUCCGACCAAACCGCCGUCCUCGGCCGAGGACUGCUACGUCCGGUGCCUAGACGACGACCGGUGCCGCGGUUACAGCGUCAACCACGUUCGCCAGGCGUGCGCCCUGACGUGGUUCGAUGUGGCCAACCGCUCGGACUACCUGCUCCCAGAUUCCAACUGGAGCUUCCAUCGGAAGAUCUGUCUUCCCGAAAGGCCGUGCGUGCGGCACUGGUCGUUCGAGCGGGUGCCCCGGUUCCAACUGGUCGGCUUCGAAGACCGGACGGUGCCCCACGUGGGCGACCAGGACUCGUGCCUGCGGCUGUGCGCGACCGAGACGAGCUUCGUGUGCCGCUCGACCCGCUACGAGGCGUCCAAGGAGCGCUGCGUCCUUAGCAAGCACGACAGGAGGACGGCCGCCGAGUCCUUCAGGAAGACCGGCGCCUCGUCGGACCUCCUGUACAGCGAGAACCAGUGCGUCUCCGAGCCUCCUCGAUGCCAGUUCCGUCCACUGCGCGGCCGCUCUCUGAGUCGGGGCCACGUGUUCGUGGACGAGACGUCCACGUCCCACACGCUGUGCCAGGCGUCGUGCGUGAACCACACGGACUUCGUGUGCCGGAGUUUCGUGUACGACCAGUCGCGGCACCUGUGCCUGCUCAGUCCCGACGACAGCUACACGACGCCCGUGCAGGAGGCGCACGCCGACUCCGCCGCCGUCGGGACGACCGAGACCAACACCCUCUACGAGAAGGGGUCCUGCAUCGACGUGGAGAUGCGCUGUGAGGCCACCGCCAUGACAGCCAUCAUCCUCGUGACGUCAUCAUUUCGCGGCCGGGUGUACGCCGUGGGUCACCCGCACCAGUGCUACUCCUCGUCCGUCACCGACACUGGUCACGUGGCACUCACGGUUCCGCUCCACGGACGGCAGUGCGGCACCAAAAAUUUGGGAAAUGGAACCUUCCUGAACAGCAUCGUCGUCCAGCAUCAUCCUUACGUGCUUCAGAGCUCAGACCGAAGGAUCGACAUCUCCUGCGACUACGAAGAAGUGGAGCGCAAACUGCGCGGGGGCAAGCAGGUCCUCGAAGGUGACCUCCAGAGCUUGACCCAGGUCAUCACGGGACUAGCGCCCACGCCUCCAGUUCGCCUGAAGGUCGUCAAUGGAACCGGAGACGAAGUCGCAGGUGUGGACCUCGGUGACCCGCUGUACCUCAAGGUCGAAAUGCAGGACGAAUCCGUGUUUGGAAUCUUCGGAAGCACACUCACGGCUCGGAGCGGAGAAGGUUCCGAAACGAUCCUGCUUCUCGACGACAAAGGGUGCCCCGUGGAACCGGCCGUGUUCCCGGGUUUCGAGCGCGUCCCGUCGUCGAAGUCGCUCAUCGCGCCGUUUCAGGCGUUCCGCUUCGCUUCGGACAGCACCGUCAAGUUCCAGAUGACGGUCUCCUUCUGCCUGGACGUUUGCCCUCCACCCAAGUGCAGCGGCGGCAACGGCGUCGACGAACACGCCGAGGGGCGAGCGCGACGAUCACGGAGGUCGGCGGCGAGCGCGGACACCCAGCCGCUGGACCUACAGACGGGAGACAUCGUCACGGACGUCACCAUGGAGACGGCCCUCUUCGUCGUCCACAACCUGACGCCGUCACCGCAGGCGUCAUCUGACGAGGACGCCUUCAGACCGGACGUCAAAGGGGUCUCGCAAACGAAGAUGCCGAAGGACGCGGUGUGCCUCACGCGCCCCGUGGUCUACACCUUGGCCAGCCUCAUCGGCAUCGUGCAGGCGGUCAUCCUGGGAUCCUGCUGCCUGCUGCUCUUCGUCAACCGGAAGUGGCGACUUACGCGGAAACGGCUGGCAACCAUGCACUCGUCCAGCAGCCGCGCUUCCGUUUCCAGCAAGUCGGAACUCUUUCUGAGGACGUAGCGACUCCGACAGCAGCGCUCGUCUCGGCAGCGGCGGAUGGCGGACAGCGGAGACGUGAACAGUGAGGGAACCACGACGGUUCACUCGGAUGACGUCGCAAGUUUUUCGCCGACUUAGGAAGCCAGAACGAACGAACUACAACGGCAGACAGCAGCAACGACUUGAAAACCCCAUGUUUAUUUUCAGGAGUUCUGCCAGGAAUGUUUGCUUUUCCAGUUCGUUUUGCGGGGGAAAAGCCGAGAGGCAAGAUUGCCGGGAACAAAGGAAAGGUACCGGAAGCCAGCUUUUUGCCAAUAUCACCUGCUGGAAAUUUAAACUUGCCGAAACAUCUGGUUUGCCACCUAUUUCUGAUAUAUUUGGCUCUUAAUAAGUCCCAAAAUGUGUAUCUACAGAGCUGCAAUUGUGCUAAACAGUGCCCUCAAACUGCAGUCUCGAAAAAGCUGAUACGACACCUUUCAAUUGUUUCGCCGGACUAAAAGUUAGCCGCGUGGUUGUUGCUGGGUCGUAUGCACUGCAUGCGAUGAUCUCUUUGAGAAAACGUAAAGAUACGGGACCGUCUGAGCGUGUACGUCAAUUACCUGCAUUCUUCAGACAGUUUGAAAGACAUUUCGAGUCUUGGCCUUUGAGUUCGCGAUCUUGGCUUGCUACUUACCGAUAGGCAAGCUGUCUGUUUUUGAUCUGAUGUCCUGGGACUUAAAGUCAAACGAAAUUGACGAACUGGACUUCUACGAAAGACAACGUUUCAGGGUGGUCAUUGUGACUGAGAUUGUGUAUGAAGUGUCCAAUGAGUUAUUUUUAUUGGUGUGUUGCUGUCAAUGGUAACUGGAAAGAUCGCUGUUCGUCCUGUGUUUAGGCCGGAGAGGCAAGAAAAGAUGUGUGCACUGUCAAUUGAUGCGGUAUGUUGAUGACAAAAGUCGGCUGGUCCGCUCUAAGUUCCGUGUGCAACUCGGUCGCGGAGAUCAAAGCCAAAACAUGUGCUUCAAUGUGUCUGUUUGAUGUUAAGCAUUUUAUCAAGUAUUUUUUUUUUUUUGACACACGUAAGACGUGUGGUUGUCGUGAUGAGUUUGGUGUUUCACCGGUAAUUAUUAAUUUGCCGAAUUUCCGUAAGGCAGCAGGUUUUUUCUUCUUUUUGUGUUUUUUUCGAGUUUUCAUUUUUGUAACGUGUUCAUGGUGCAUUGUUAUGCAUUUAUUUUUUUGUUUUUCAAAACCAUACAGCUGAUUAGACAGUGUAGGAAGAAAGGACUUAUUGUAACGUCCUGACUGACAAGGAAAAGAAAAAGAAGUUCAUAUUUGUUUCACCUUAGAAGAAUUUGCAUGCUUACCGAUAUCAAAGGAAUGAUGUUUAGAUCGCGUUUUAACUUCCUGACAUUCUACGCAGGUAUUAUUUUUUUUUAUUUUUCUAAACGAUAACUAUGUUUCGUUGUUUUACCACUACUGCUGUACAUAUGGCUUUUUUGGGGGGGCACUUAACCACAACACACAAAAAAAAAGUGUUUCAGUUUCAUGCAUUUACAACUUCCAACGCAUUAACACUUCCAGCUGUAACUACGUACUUCCACUUUUUUUACGUUACAUAGACGAGUAAUUAAAUGCCGGUAGCCAACCAAACAUAGCUUAAUAUGAGUUAGGUUCCGUCCUUAGUCGAAUCUUAAUGGUGAUUCCGUUCCACAUUCUAAUAAUGGAGUCUAUAGUCACUGAUCAUUUAAGAAACGCAGGGCGUGAUUUCGGCGUUCAUGCUUCUUGAAUAGUUCGUCGGCUCUCUCGUCGGCUGAUGAUGCAUUAUUUACUAAGGGGUGACUAUGUGACUCCUAGGGCUCGCCACGCUUCACGUUUCUUAAGUCUUCUGUGACUGGUUUUCACAGCUUCGUUGUGGCAGGUGAUCUGUGUCGUGAUUCGAAGACAUUCCACAGACAUAGACUACUAACGUCUGUGGUCUACGAAAAAAAGGGAUUGAAGCGAUGAUAGUUCCUAAGUAGUGUUAAUCGCAGUAGGUGGAGGCAGUCGCCGCUUUGGACAGCACUUGAACAAAGGCUCACAGUCGACCGUAGUAUAUGCCCCGCCGGCAUCACUCUCAGUUAAUUAGGUACUGUCGCGGGACUGUGUACUCGAGUUCUUCCCAAACCCCGACUACUAUAGACCGUUUCCGUCGUCACGUUUAGAUAUGGUGCCUGCAGCAGGGCGUGUCCGAUUGGGGGGGGGGGGGGGGGGGGGGGCGACCGCGCGUCCGCAAAAAUGGUCCCUGGAUUUCCGCCUGAUGACGUCAUAGCGGUAUCACGUGUUUGCCGCGAUCCUGGCGGUGGCGCAGCAGAGGAGGUGGAUGCGGUAGAGGUCUGUUCUGUUGCCGCGGUCGCUCUGCUGCCAGACAGACGAUGGAAACGCAAGCUGAUGCGAGAUGGUACGCCGCGACGACAGCGACCCCAGGGUCCGUUCGACUUUUUCGCCGGCAUCGCUACGACCAACCGCCAGGUUCGCGAUGUCCGACAGCGUGGCUCGCGUGCUCGUGUGACGCAAUUCGGGACCAUUUUCGGUGCGUCGGUGGGAUUGCACGGGGAAACACACCAGUCGAAGACGCGUUCGAGGCAGCGUACUUUUAUUAGAGUUCGACCCUAAUAUUUUCUGCUCCUUCCUUAGAUCCCUGUAUUUAUUUUAUGAAUCCGAGAAUGAAACGUGAGAUACGUGAAACUACAAGAUGAUAGCGAUUCGAACAAGCAAUUAUGUCAUUUCGUUAGUUAAAAAAAUAUAAAAAACAACAAUAAACGAGACUUUUUUUUAAAUCUUCUUUGGCAGGUAUUUAUUUCUCGAGUCCAUUAGCUACCGCGUCUGCAUCUUUUCCCGGCUUUUUGUUUGUUGCUUAGUGUUGGUCAACUUUCUUGGGGACGUUGUGUGAUCCUGGGAUCGCAGACCUAGCACUGGUUUGACAAAUUGUAGUCACGUGCUCGCCAUGAGCGGUAGACGGAUUUCUUUAACCGGUGUUCUGUCUGUUUGGGAGGCUGUUACCUAUAACAUCAGUCUUUUUUUUUACCUGUGUCGCAUUCUUGUUCCACUUAAAAAAUCGCUCAUACCCUCCCUCCCUCCACGUGCGUUUUUUUUUGUUAUUACGUGUAUGUAUGUGCUGUAGUUAUUGUUUUCGUGGUCCCAUUUUUUCGUGAUGUCUAUUUUUUUAAUGGUUGACAGCGUGUUUUUUUUUUUUUUUUCAUGUUUCCAAACACGUAUACGACAUCACUUCAAACUUGCACGUAUUUACAAACACACACACACACACACACACAUACGAUGCCACACAGUGAUGGGGUUGUGGCUCUCGAGAAUUUUAAGGAACGACGCGACGAGCUUUGUUUUUAAAACUUGAAGACGAGUGACUUUUUUUUUUUGUAAUUGUUCGUAUCCAAUAAAGCUUGGUUCGUUU